AUGUCGUCGCCGCUCAACUUUACUCCUUGGAGGAGGAGAGCUUUGAGUACCGCUUCACAGCGGGACAACGAGCAAGCUCAAUUGCCUCGCGAAGAGCCCUCAACUUCUCCUCCGCAACAUGGUCACAGUCCCAAUCUUCCAAUUGCGAGACCGUCCUCGACUAGCUCUGCUGCUGGUCACAGAGAACCUAUCAGGUCUUUCAUCCACGGCUCUAUGCGAGAUAGCCUAGCACCAAUUGAUAGUAUUCAGAACGCUCGAUCCGUCCGUCAGGAUACCGCUGAGCUUGCGACCUACUUGCUCUCCGACCCCAAAACACAACAGAACUCGUCCGUCCUCCAGCGAGCAAGAGUCUCCUAUCAGGACUCAAUUGACUCCGAGGUUGUUGACGAUUCGUCUAUAGCUGAGAAUGGCCGUUUCUCGAAGACAAUUCUUGAAGUUCCCGAGCCGCCAUCACCAGAUGGUAACGAAGAUGACCUCGAUGCGGAUGCAGGGCCGUCGGUACUGGCAAACCUUCUCAAGCGAUCGCCUCCUCAAUCGAUUGCGCCAGAUCACCCACAUGAACAGCAUGGAGACGAUCGUGUCGAGGACAACCAAGCAGAGCAGGAUCCACGCCGAACUAGUCACGCAGAAGAUGCGACGGAACAAACGCCUCUGCUCGCGCGCAUGACUUCAGGCGGUCGACGAUCUUACUCUGACCUUGAGGGACAAAAGGCUCAGUCAAAGCCCUCAUGGUUUAGUGGUUUGGUAGAAGUCGGUCACAGAAUGGAAGAGAGGAUAUCGGUUGCUGUUAAUCCCAGGAAAUGGGAUCGCCAGGCGCUCUGGAAUAAUGUCGUUCUUACACCAACCUCAUGUCUUCCCGCUGUCUCUGUUGGUCUUUUACUCAAUAUUUUGGAUGCCCUUUCAUACGGAAUGAUUCUUUUCCCUCUUGGAAAGCCAAUAUUCUCCCACCUUGGAUCUGCUGGAAUUUCCGUCUUUUAUGUUAGCACAAUUGUUUCGCAAAUCACUUUCUCAUCUGGCAGUAUAUUCAAAGGCGCUGUUGGUUCAGAAUUAAUCGAAGUCGUCCCCUUCUUUCACAACAUGGCAGGCAAGAUCACAGAAAUUGUUGGGGAAGAAAACCCCGAUGCUGUCAUUGCCACUACUAUUGUGUCAUUCUCUGUUAGCGCCAUGAUGACAGGACUUGUCUUCUAUCUCAUGGGCCGCUUUAAAGUUGGUUAUAUGGUCGGCUUCAUUCCCAGGCAUAUCCUAAUUGGCUGCAUUGGAGGCGUUGGCUGGUUCCUGAUCGCUACUGGCUUCGAGGUUUCCGCUCGGCUCGAUGGCAGUCUUCAGUACAACCUCGAUACUCUGAAGCAGCUUUCUGACCCAGCCACCGUGCCUUUGUGGGUUGUCCCCUUGGUUCUUGCCAUCAUACUGUUUUAUGGCCAGUCCAAGAUCACAUCCAAGUUCUUUCUUCCGUUAUUCAUCCUAGCGAUCCCUCUGAUUUUCUAUUUCUUUGUACUUGCGUUGGAUACACUACAUAUCGAUACACUUCGCGACCAUGGCUGGAUCUUUGAGGGUCCUCCCUCUGGAGAGCCAUGGUGGUAUUUCUACACCCUCUACAAGUUCCACCUUGUUCGCUGGGAUGCGGUUAUUGAAUGUGUGCCUGCCAUGCUUGCUUUGACGUUCUUCGGCAUCCUGCACGUCCCAAUCAACGUCCCUGCAUUGGCUCUUAACUGUGGCGAAGACCACGCUGAUCUUGACAAGGAGUUGAGACUUCAUGGGUACUCCAACUUCUUGUCAGGUUGUUUUGGCAGCAUUCAAAACUACCUCGUCUAUGCAAAUACAGUCUUCUUUAUGCGAUCUGGAGGCAACAGCCGCCUCGCGGGUUACAUGCUAGCCGCGGCAACGUUCGGCAUCAUGGUUAUUGGCCCAUCUCUCAUUGGAUAUAUCCCGGUUAUGAUGGUGGGCACUUUGAUCUAUGAUCUUGGUUUUGAGCUACUGCUUGAGGCUCUGUGGCUUCCGCGCAAGAAGCUCAAGCUGGCUGAAUACCUAACUGUCGUUGUGAUUGUUCUCGUCAUGGGCAUUCAUGACUUUGUUGUCGGUAUUGGAGUUGGUAUUCUGUUGGCCUUUGUAUCAUUAAUCCUACAAACCUCCCGUGUCUCCGCCAUCCGCGGAAACUACUCUGGUGAUAUAGUUACGUCUACUGUAAGACGUAAUCCGUCCCAGCAACGUUACCUACACGAAGUCGGCCGACAGAUCUACAUCGCCAAACUCACAGGCUACCUUUUCUUUGGUACCAUUGUCAGUGUGGAAGAGAGGAUCCGGGCGCUCUUGGAGGACAGCGCGUUCACUGCACAACCCAUUAAGUUCCUCAUCCUCGAUAUGUGGCAUGUGACGGGGCUCGACUACUCCGCGGGCGAGGCUUUCAAUACCAUCAGUCGAUUACUUGACAACAAGGAUGUGGUUCUCGUCUUGAGUGGCGUUGACUCAGAGACUCAACUUGGUCGCAACCUGAGGGCCGUUGGACUCGGCAACGAUGGCAUUGAAGUCAUGAUGCUGCCGAACCUGAACUCUGCCCUCGAAAGUUGUGAGAAUGAGCUACUCAAGACUCUUUACGCUCGGCAGAAAGAGAUAAAUUCCUUGAGACGUAUUUCGGCACAGUCAGCCCAGAACUUGGAUGUUCCCUCAAACAAGUCAUCUGGUUUCUCAUCAUUUGAUCCGCCUUUCAACUCACCACGUCGCAAUCAUCUUGCCGAGGCCGCUCGCGAUACGUUGAGCAGCGUGGAUGUACAAAACCCGAAGAAGUGGCAGAGUUUUAAGGAGCCUCUUCGCCUCAUGCUCCAGGUUUUCCAGGGUCUGAGUGACAAGAACGAGGACUUCUGGUUCCCAGCAACUUCCUACUUCUCUCGUCGUGAGAUCCCAGCUGGAACUGUUCUCUUCCGACGUGGAGAACAAGCCAACGGAUUCUACCUUGUCGAGCGUGGUAUCGUGCGUGCUGAGUACGAUCUCCCCCAAGGAUGGCUAUGCGAAAGCAUUGUCGCUGGAACGACCCUCGGCGAGCUGCCCUUCUUUUCCGAGACUGACAGAACUGCGACAGCCGUUGUGGAAAGGGAUUGCGUGGUCUGGCUGAUGGACCGCGAUCAGUGGGCAAGGAUUCAGAAGAAAGAGCCAGAGAUUGGAAGAGAGCUGCUGAAGAUAUCACUAAAGCUCACAAGCGAGAGGAUGAGUGCCAUCACUUCUUACAUAUUGACGACAGCGGGUUAA